UAUUUUGUUAUGAAUCUGUUGCGGUGUGCUUCCUAAACUUCGUUUCGUUCUUUCUUAUUGCGCGUUGUUUGGUUUUGGUUUGAUAUUGUCUGUUCCACAAAAUGGGACCGUUUACUGUUUUGGGAGUGAAUAAAUUUCGUAAUAAUACACGUUUCUUUAAAAUACAUGAAGUUGAUUAGCUUUUGGGUAAUUACCGACCGUUCUGGGUCAUAGUAGAAUCGUCAUAAUUUCAAUUGUGUUUGCUUUCCAUACGUUUGUUGAAAUCAUGGAGGGGAAACCAGACCAAGGGUCUAACUUCAGUGAUGUUGUUGAAACUUUAGCUGGUUUGUUUGGAAAUCUUAUCAGUAAAGACGUGAUAUUGGCGGUGGUGGAGAGCUGCGACGGUGAUUUGAAUUUAUCAGCAGAAGUAGUAAUGAACAUGUCAUCUGAUAUUCCAAAUGAAACCGACAGUACAACUGAAACUAAACAUAAUACUACACCUGAACCGGCAUUGGAAAGGCCAGAAACAGAAAACUCAUCACAUCAACUCGUACAACGUAACACACCAAGCAAUCAACCAAUUGUACCUUCCCAGGCUUCCCAGCCAUAUCAGGCUGCACCCAUCAUGUCGUAUGCUGGUGCAUCACGCAGUACAGGCGCAGUGCCUAAGCAGUUACCAAAACCACGCCCACCACCUACCAACGCAUUAGUCUGGACUGAACAACUUCGGCAGAUAAUCACAUACUAUAAUCAGGGUAGCAGAAUACUUAUUCUCAUGCGAGGAAUUCCAGGAAGUGGCAAGACAUAUCUCGCUCGCCAAAUUAUUGAAAUAACUAUUGGUGCCACUUACGCCGAUUUCAAAACUCAUAUCUUAAGUACAGACGAUUUUUUUAUGGUCCGAGGCAAAUAUCUAUAUGAUAAAUCCAGAAUAUCAGAAGCUCAUGAGUGGAAUCAAAGGAGAUCAAGAGCAGCAAUGAGGCAAGGACUUAGUCCUAUCAUUAUUGAUAACACCAAUGUUGAGAUUUGGGAAAUGGAACCCUAUGUUAAGGAGGGAGUUCGAAACGGUUAUUACAUCGAAGUUGUGGAACCAAAUACUCCAUGGGCGAAGAAAGCUAAUCAGUUGUUAAAGAGAAAUACACAUAAUGUUCCACCUGCCACAAUAUGCAGAAUGUUAGAUAACUAUCAAGAUGGCAUAACAGGAGAAUUCUUAAAGAAAUACUAUGGUUUGUCUUAUCCAGCUAAAAUGGUACCACCAGUUAUGAGGAAUAUGCCAGUAUUUGAACCUCCUCAAUCACGUAACCAACCAGAUCCUAAAAUUAGUACAAGCGAGACUAUUCCACCUGCUAUGGUAAGUGAACCUAUACAGCAUGGUGAACGUGAUGUGAAACCACAAACACCCGAUUGUAACCAACCACAAAGAGAAGUAACCGAAUAUUUACCAAAUUUUAGGUCAAUAACAACAGAAGUAGAAUCUGAGGAAGAAGAAGAAAUAGAAAGGCAACAGAGAUAUAUAGAAAUUCAAAAGCAAAUAGAGAAAAUGGAAAAAGUGGAACAAGAAUGGGAAAAUAAUGAAGGUUGGGAUUCUGAACCACAAGAGACCAACAGAAGCGCUAACGAAAAUUCUACUUCUAUGGACCCUAGACCACAAAGGAGAACUCAUUCUGAAGGAUCAUCAUCAACACCAAGAGAUAAUCUGCUGGAAUCCGUUCAGACAUGUGACGAUUGGCGAAAAAUAUCAAUGUUUAUGCCUCCAUGGACUGAUGAUACUUCUACAACUACAAGUCAAUCCAUCGAAAUUCCUGUCAGAGAAACUAAGUCCAGCGAGACUUGUAUGGAAAUUGGAGAUACUGAUCUACAAAACCCAAAAAAAGUUUUUAAAAUAAUCACUGCUACACCAAGAGACAUCAAUCUCUUUUACAUUAACCUCCAGAAAGAAAAGAUACCUGACAAACGUCGUCUUGACAAAAGUACUACUACCAAUGAGUUACUGAUUACAGAGACUUACAGGUGCAAAAAUGAGGAACAACAUUUCAUUGCUUUCAGAAAACUGUUUAAAAAUGUGCCGAAAGCUUCAUUAAGAGAUAUUUUCGAUAAGUGCUGCGGUGAUGUGAAUUGGGCUGUUGAUAUUGUUUUGGGUGGAAUGGCCGACAACCAGUUGGAAACUACAGAGGGCGAUGAAGCAUCAGACACUGAAGUAGAAAUGGAAGAGCAAUGCAAUUGCUUAGCAGCGUACCAUAUAAUACCAGACGCAGAAACCAGAAGUACUGCCAAUCCUGCUACCACUGCCGACGAACAAAACAUUCCAAUUGAACCCACCUGUAUACCUAAGAAAACUAAAACUAUCCCAUCAGAUUCUACAAUACAGCUGCUACGUUCAUUAGAAAAGAAUGUUGUUUUGUCUAAUGAACAUUAUUCGGAGCACAUGUUAAAAAUGAAGAAAUUCCGUGAAGGAGGUUCUUCGUAUGAGAAUUCUGAGCAGAUUCCUUUUAAUAUUAAUCUGUCUUCACAAAAUCAUGAAAUAGAAAUUCAACCAAGUACUUCUAGAAAUGUGACGUCACAAUGUAAUCAUCUAAUUGCAGUCAACGAAAGUCAAAGUGAUGACGAGGAAUCCGUUGCUAGUAGUGUUGACGAAGCAGAGAAAAUGGUUAAUAUAAACUUAGGAGCAGAGUUUGUCUCUCAAUUAGAUGACUUGUUUGGAAGACAAGGCAUGACAUACCCUGCGACCGUAGUGCCAAGGAUCAAUAUCCCAGUUUCGUUAUUGAAUGAGAUAAAUGCAUUCUGGAUAGAAUCACUGAUGUGUCAAUUAGAUGAGCUUGACAAACAGACUGCGAAGAUGUUGAAGGAAGAUGAAGAAUUUGCUAGACAAUUAACAUCGAAAGAAGCAGAAUUAGCUCAGCAAGGCAAGGAACCAGAAUUUCCGGACUUCAAAGAAAUUAUGGAUAUGGAUUUUGCUUUGUCUUUGUACCAGAAAGAUGUAGCGGAAUGGAGAACCAAGGAACCGAAGGAUAUGGCGGCGAGGUUGUCUCGAGACAAACUUUACAAUUUGUUCCCUGAAAUGACUCACGAUAUCUUGUCUGAGCUCUUGAUGGCUCAUGAUAACAAUUUCCAAGCUACUGUGGAGGUGCUGCUAAUGUCAACAGGAAAAGCUGACAUUCUCCAAGAGAAAAAUGGUCUAAGCAAAUUUGUGAUGGCUAAAGAGAUGGAGUUACAAGAGAAGCUUUUAGAAGAAGAAAAGCAGGCGCUUUCGGACCUGGAAUGGCCUCUGUUGCCAAAAGGGGAAAAAGUCGAGAUGGCAGUCGUCGAUAGAUACCGUCAAAAAGCUGACGAACAUCUUGCCACAAGAAACUUGAAUUACCAAAAAGCUCAAGACUACAUACGUCGCGGGAUGACGCAAGUAGCAAAUUACUAUUCGGAUAUCGCUCAGUUCCACAAGAAGAAAUAUGAGCAAGCGAACAGUUUGGCAGCCGCUUCGCUUAUACAAGUACAUGCUUCAAACAACCCAGACAAUGCAACCAUAGACCUUCACUACCUUCGCGUAGGCGAAGCAAAGGAGUCCUUGGACAUAUUCCUAGAUACCCACAUUCAGAAACUGAAAGAAUCCACGCGUAAGGGCGUGCGCUUCCAAACACUGUUCUUUAUAACCGGACGCGGGUUGCACAGCAAUGGCCGACCGAAAGUCAAGCCGGCUGUAAAGAAGAGACUUCGAGAAAGGGGCUUGGCGUUCAGCGAACGAAAUCCAGGGCUGCUUACAGCUACGGUGUGCGCUGACGACAAGUUGUCUUACCAAGUAAAAGUUCCAUAGUAUGAUCAUUUGGCAUCGCCGCCUCUAUUGCCAUAUCGGCCAAUGUCGAUGCAAAAUCCAUACAAUGGCGCCUACUAUCCCUAUGCGGGUAUGUACCCCCCAUUUUAUCCAGGAUUCCAGAAUGCUAUGCGAUUCAAUUUCCCAUUCACGUCGAGCUCGUCUUUGCUGAGUCGCUUGCCGAUGUUGCCGCCAAUAUCAAAUUACAGAAAUUGGCCAUUCGGAUUUGGCUACAAUAUGCAAUUCCAAAGAAAUAACCUAUCCUCGACGGAACAUCCCAUGAUGUACCCAAACUAUUUUGGUCCGCAUCCUCAUGCGGGCUAUGGACCUAAUGGUCAAAACAAUGCCUGGACAAGAAACUAACGGACUAAACUGAAGACUUAGUCGAAUAAGCGACUUUAAAUCUUUGUAAUUCUUAGAAUGUACAGGUGCCGCACGUACUUUGUAUUUGCGUAGGAACAGCGGAAUUUUUGUAGGGUAAGCAAAGCGAAUUGUGAUUGGACUAUUUAAUGUUGCGUCAUGAUGACUCUUUCUGAUUGGCUGGUGUAAUGUUGAAGGUAUUAUUAUAAUAUUGUCUUUUGACGUUUGUAUACGAACCUGUUGGUUCACGUGUGUGGCAUCUACAAUUGAUCAAUUAUUAUGACCAUUAUUCGGCAAACAAUGUAUAUAGGUAACUCGAGCUAUGGAUGAAAAUUUCGGUGCUAAGGAAAUUAAAAAGGGCCAAACUGUAUUAUGAAAAGUGCGUUGUUUAUGUAUAGGGUCUCGUUGGUAUUGGUAAAUAAGGCAUUAAAAUUUGGGAGUAAUCAAAAACUAAAUUAUAAAUCGGAAUAAAAUUAUUCACGUAAAGAUUGGUUAUUUGAGACUGAUAGCGAGUACAAUUUGGCUUACCUUUUGCGCGUUCUAAAACAGGAUAAUUGUCGUUAAAAUCACACAUAGUUGGAUGCUAAAUGAACUACAAUUGAGUGGUUUUAGCCGUUAUCUGGUUUUCGAACUCACUCCUUAGUAAUAUAAUUGCCGAGUUAUUUAAUCGAGGUGUUAUGACAUAUUAUUAUAUUUGUGAAUCUGCAUGUUAACUGUUAAUUCAAAAGUUACUUUGUGUACAAUGUUGAGAUGUUAUUUCGAUGCUCAUGAAAUGACAUAGUGUAGGUGUUUUGAAUGAUGGAGUUUUCGAACGAGAAUUUUGAUUGCUUCUGUUUGAUGAAUGACUGAUUUAUUGUUGAUUGUUGAAAAAAAAUAUUUUUAAUAUUCUUACUAUAGUUUUAACGUUAAUGAAUAAAAUGGAUACGUUUCUAAAUUCAACUAAUUCGUUUGACUAAUUAUGUGUUAUAAAAUGUUUGGAUUGCAAACAGAAGUCUUGAAGUAUUUGCUUUUGGUGCUGAUAAGUCAGUUUUGAAAAAUUAAUAUUUAAUUAUAAAAGUAAUUAAAUAAGUUUAUUAUUAUAGCUGUCUUUAAGACCAAGUAUGUACGACAAGCUAUAUUUGUAUGCCAGUAUCGUAUACCGUGCAGUGUUACGUAUAUAAAAGGCAAGACCUGUAACAUCCGUUGUUAAACAUCACGGAAUAGAAUAAGGAGGAUGGAAAGGCCCUAACGCGCAUUUUAGAUGAGAACCGCUGUCGCCGGUUCAACCCCGCACUCUUUUACUACGAUAGCUCUACUGCUUCUCAAAUUCCAUAGCCA